AACGAGGACACCACACCACACGAGGAUCGAAAGAUAACCCCGUGACACUAAGUUACAAAAGGUGAAAGUUUAAGGGAUACAAGUGUAACAUUCCGUAAUGAUCACCGGACGUUCAUACCGGAACAGAUCUAAAACCCUAUACACGACGCUUCACCCUCCACUCUCCACCGUCGCGUAACCCUAACGCAACCCAUUAACCUGCAACAAUGAGGAGAGCUUCUAUCCUCACUUAUUCCUCUGCUCUAUCCAGAGCCCUAUUAUCACCUACUAAACAACACAACAGCCUCUUCCAGGCCACCUCCGCUUACGUCGCCGGUUCUUCUCGGCGGUGUUUUUCAACAUUCAGAUUUCCACGUGGCUACUCCGGUGCUACUAGGUUUUCUCUGUCGUUAGGUGGUCUUGCUGCCGCUACGGUCGCUGUUGGUUGCUCCUCACUGUUGGUGGAAGACGAGGCGUAUGCUAAAGCACAUGUGAAGGCCGAUUUAGUCCCUAAGGAUGUUGUGCUUUAUCAGUACGAAGCUUGCCCUUUCUGUAACAAGGUUAAAGCAUUUUUGGACUACUAUGAUGUACCAUACAAAGUUGUGGAGGUGAACCCGUUUAGUAAGAAGGAAAUCAAAUGGUCUGAGUAUAAGAAGGUGCCUAUAUUGACGGUGGAUGGUGAGCCACUGGUUGAUUCGUCAGCUAUUAUUGAUCAGAUGGGGAACAAGAUCAUUUCGUCGAAAGCUUCAUUGGUGGUCUCUAAUGGCGACGAAGAAAACAAGUGGCGCAGGUGGGUUGAUGAUCAUUUGGUGCAUAUGCUAUCACCAAACAUCUACCGGAACACUUCUGAGGCUUUGGAGUCCUUUGACUAUAUCGCUAACAAUGGUAAUUUCAGCACCUAUGAGAAGUAUUCAGUGAAGUAUGCUGGGGCUGCUGCUAUGUAUUUUGUGUCGAAGAAACUAAAGAAAAAGUAUAACAUCACCGACGAAAGAGCAGCCUUGUACGAUGCUGCAGAAACAUGGGUUGAUGCACUUGAUGGCAGAGACUUUCUAGGGGGUUCGAAGCCUAAUUUGGCAGAUCUAGCUGUUUUUGGGGUGUUGAGACCUAUUCGACAGUUAAAGUCAGGUAAAGAUAUGGUGGAGCACACCAGAAUUGGUGAGUGGUACUCCAGAAUGGAGUCUGCAGUUGGAGAAUCUUCAAGAAUAAAGGCAUAAAUUUCUUGUUGCGUAGAAGUCAAACGUCAAACCUAAAGAUAGACCAUUGAUAACACACAUGCAGACAUACAAUAACAUAGAUCAUUUUGUUUGAUCUGCACCGGGGAUGGAUGCUUACCUGGUGUCGGUCACCUCACUUUCUUGGAUGGGAUACGAAUUCCGGAUUUCAACUUUUAUCAUUUAUGGAAUGGAUUCACCACACCUCAUGUAUAAGGGAAAACCGAUAUUAGUUUUGUUUGUUUUUUAUUUGUUGGAGUCUACUUUUUUAAAA